AUGAUUGAUGCAAAGCUGCGUAUCGAGAAUUCUAAAUCUUCUGCAUCAAUCGAACGCCUGAAAAAUCAACUAAAUUUGGCAAAAUCUGAAAUUAUUUCUUUGAAGGCUUUUCAAGAUUCUAAGAUGCUGGAUUUGCAGAACAAACUACAACAAAAAGAGGCGCAAAUGAGUGAAUACAGCAAGAGAAUUUCAGUUGACCUACAACGGCUUCAAGCUAAUCUGGAACGGAAGCAUAAAAAACUAGAGAAGGUUCAGGAUGCAUUUGAAAAGGAGAAAGCUCAAGCAGUGCACUGGAAACAGCAGUAUGAGGCCAAAAACAAAGAGACAAAGGUAUGA